CCCGGCCACCCGCGGGAAGCAGCGGAAGAGCAGGCGCGCUGCGGACCCGAGGGAGGGCACCGUUAAAGCUUUGCCAUCAAUUGUGAGCCCAGUGAGUCAGUCCUAAGCUAACACACUAACUCUGCAGCUUCCCUCACGCCCCCAAACCACCGAAGGUGGCGACACCUGAUCCAGCGCACAAGCACGGGUCCCUUCUGUCCCCGGAUACAAUUACGCGGCAGAGACACAUUCAAACUCAACGCGCAGCAGCCCAGAGCUCAGCGAUGAAGUCUUACACUCCGUAUUUCAUGCUCCUGUGGAGUGCUGUGGGGAUAGCGAAGGCUGCCAAAAUCAUCAUCGUGCCGCCAAUUAUGUUCGAAAGCCAUAUGUACAUUUUCAAGACACUAGCCUCAGCCUUGCAUGAGAGAGGCCACCGCACAGUGUUUCUUCUCUCCGAAGGCAGAGACAUCGCGCCAUCUAAUCAUUACAGCCUCCAGCGAUACCCAGGGAUUUUUAACAGUACCACCUCGGAUGCUUUCCUGCAGUCCAAAAUGCGGAAUAUCUUCUCUGGGAGAUUGACAGCAAUCGAACUGUUUGACAUACUGGAUCACUAUACCAAGAACUGUGAUAUGAUGGUUGGCAACCGUGCCCUGAUUCAGGGUCUGAGGAAGGAGAAGUUUGACCUGCUGCUGGUGGACCCUAAUGACAUGUGUGGAUUUGUGAUAGCUCAUCUAUUAGGGGUUAAAUAUGCUGUAUUUUCAACUGGCCUUUGGUACCCUGCAGAAGUGGGUGCUCCCGCCCCAUUAGCUUACGUCCCAGAGUUUAACUCACUCCUCACAGACCACAUGAACUUGCUGCAAAGGAUGAAAAAUACCGGCGUUUACCUCAUUUCGAGAUUAGGGGUCAGCUUUCUGGUUCUUCCCAAAUACGAAAGGAUAAUGCAGAAGUACAACCUGCUGCCGGAGAAGUCCAUGUACGACCUGGUCCACGGGUCCAGUCUGUGGAUGCUGUGCACAGAUGUGGCGCUGGAGUUUCCGAGACCCACUCUGCCUAAUGUUGUGUACGUAGGAGGAAUCCUCACCAAACCGGCCAGCCCACUACCAGAAGAUCUCCAGAGGUGGGUAAAUGGUGCUAACGAACAUGGCUUUGUCCUGGUAUCUUUCGGAGCUGGUGUCAAGUACCUGUCCGAAGACAUUGCUAACAAGCUGGCUGGAGCUCUGGGGAGACUGCCGCAGAAGGUGAUCUGGAGGUUUUCUGGAACCAAACCAAAGAAUCUAGGAAACAACACUAAGCUCAUAGAAUGGUUACCACAAAAUGACCUGCUUGGGCAUUCAAAUAUUAAAGCCUUCCUGAGCCAUGGUGGUUUGAAUAGUAUUUUUGAAACUAUGUAUCACGGUGUACCUGUAGUGGGAAUCCCACUCUUUGGAGACCACUAUGAUACUAUGACUCGGGUCCAGGCAAAAGGCAUGGGGAUAUUGCUAGAAUGGAAGACUGUUACUGAAGGAGAGCUGUAUGAAGCAUUGGUGAAAGUUAUCAAUAAUCCCAGCUACCGUCAGAGGGCCCAGAAGCUUUCAGAAAUCCACAAGGAUCAGCCUGGUCACCCUGUCAAUCGGACUGUCUAUUGGAUAGAUUACAUUCUUCGUCACAACGGAGCCCAUCACCUACGUGCCGCUGUCCAUCAAAUCUCUUUCUGUCAGUAUUUUUUACUGGAUAUAGCCUUCGUGCUUUUGCUUGGUGCUGCCUUGUUCUACUUUUUCUUGUCCUCGGUGACAAAAUUUAUCUACAGAAAAAUCAAAAGUUUGUGGUCUAGAAAUAAGCAUAGCACAGUUAAUGGACAUUACCAUAAUGGAAUCCUCAAUGGCAAGUACAAAAGAAAUGGCCAUAUUAAACAUGAAAAGAAGGUGAAAUGAGCCAACAGCCCACAGGAUAGUAACAGAUCUGUUCAGUCAUUCAACUUUUAUCACUAUAAUUUAGUCUAACAACUACUAAAAGUUAAAUGUCAGUAAACAAUUCUAACACUCCGUUUGUUACCUGAUCUUACUAACAAAAUUCUGUGGAAUUAAGAUGGCUGUAAAAAGCACAAACCUAAAAUGCAAAAAUGUAUCUUAUUCGAAUACUGAUACAGAGAAUUUUGGCACUGA